UUCUUAUAUUUUCUCUUUUUAUAUGCCUAUCAGCUUCGUUUCACAUUUCGUCUGGCUUUUCGAAGAUCAUUCUCGUCCUCCUAUUACUGUGAUCAAAGUACCAUAGGCAGUGGAAGUAUUCGUGGAUCAGGAGGUUCAUGGAGGGCUAAGUGUAAUUACUGCUCAUCAACCACUAUUGCAAGCACUGGUUUUCACUGUACAGACUACAGUAGCAACGAGGAUUGGACAGUGGGUGAAAAUAACUUCAACUACACUUUUUCAUCCUACGAUAGAUGGGUUGUAAGGUACAUUCCUCUAUUUAGUACUACGUUAUUUUAUCAUACGACCUCAAUUUCAAAAUAAUAAACAAUGACUGAUACAAUCAUCAUUUUCAUAAAAAAGUGUGAUAAUCAACUUGUCACAGGUCAUAUAAGAUGUGUUUCAGCGUCAGCAUCCGACUUAGGUCUUUCGCUAUCAAGUGUAUUCUUUGUAUAGUCCUUGAUGUCUUGUGUCUUGAAUGAUGGCCAUCGUUGCAGGACCAUGACAUUUUGUCUGAUAUGCUGCAUUUUGUUAUAGCUAUAGUAGCUGUUGUUGGAUAUCCUUGUCCCGGUAUGGGAAUGGCGCUUGGUUUAUAUCGACCACCGUUAAUCUGACCAGAAGGUCAGAUAAUGGGAGAAUUAACUCGUCUCCUGUAUCAAGAAGCCCGGCUAUUGUUCGGUGGUCUGAAGGUUGUCCCAGUCAGUCUAUAAGGAUCCCUGUAGAAGACGCCGACGGAGAUGUGGUAAAAUGUCGCUAUGCAAAUUACUCCGAGUCCUACUUUAACAACGAUAGUUUUCCUUAUGGCACAUUUGAUGAGGUAAUUAGUCAUUUAUGUGUUAAUUGUUUGUACAACUUGUUCUACCUGCGGUAUGGUUGUUCGUUGUCAGACAUAACUAAUCGGUGACAUCAAGGACAUCAAUGACAUCAAUGAAAUCAAUGAAUAAUCAAUAAGCAAUCGAUGGGUAAUCAGUUGAUUAGUCAUUAAUUAUAUCCGAUAUUCAAUGAGUAGUCGAUGAAUAAUCGAUAGGCCACAAUUAGUCAUUGAUUAUAUUAGCAGUAUCAAAUAAACUCGCGGGUGCGCAAACCACACCAAAUCCGGAACCAGCAGGACGAACAACAUUACGGCUAGCAGAGUAAUUGUUUUAGCUACUGUAGCUUUUUGCGUUUAUCAGAAAACCUGAUUUGACAUUAAACGGCCAAAUUUGGUUGUUUAAUGCUGAAAAGUGGAUUUUUGUUAAGAGCUUGGUACCUUGCUUAAUUCCGCUGCUAAUGACGGAAGUCUUCCUAAGCCGAAGCAGCAGUUCUUUGUUGAGAAACAGCCACUGCAUGGGAUUUCCAACCAUCCUUUGCUAAUGCGAAGUUAGGUUAUUGCUGUUCUCCUGUUAGUUAAGAAACGUUUAAAUGCUUGAAUCGAAGUGAGAUCCAUUUGUUGGCAGUACCUCUCGUUAAUAUUUUCCCUAGAUCAAAUUUACUCAGACAUUUAGUUUGUAUAAAUCUGGAUAAAUCGAAACAAUUACCUUUCAGACGCUGAAAUCUUUUACCCGGUAGGCACUCUGCGGUGGCUGUUUCUUACCAAAGACACAGACUCUAAUAGCCAAGAGAGUAGAUAGCUCGACAUUCGUUACUGAUAUUUCAGUUACUGUCCAAUAAAUGAAUUUUAUUUGCUUGGUUUUCUACAUCCAAAUUCAACUCCUAUUUGGCUAUUACUAUCAUCAAGAACCAUUAACCUAAAUUUUUAUCACCGGAAAUAUGUAAUGAAAAAAAAAACUGCAGCUACACUUUGUAUGAGAUGUGUAAUUGAUGACUAAUCGAUGGAUAAUCAUUAGUUAUUAUUCAUUCAAAAUAUUUCCCCAAUUCUGAAUGGCUAAAAGCACACGCAUAAUUCACCAUAACCAGUGAUCGAUGACCAAAUUUGGAAGAAUUUUGUGUUUAACGAGGAAAUGACGUCAAAAAUGCUGCCUUCUACAGGUUAAUGCACCGUUAACCGAGAAGACCUGGGGACGAGGUUGAGUUGUUUCGCUUGUGAAAACUAAAAUGACGGACACUUCACUCGUUUCAAGAGUAAGAACUAGGCAAAAUUAUAGCUAAAAAACAUGGCAAGAACAGUAAGAACACAACUCGAAGGGCGACAUCUGCUAUUUGGAGAAUAUUUGCGGCGCUGAACAACCCUAAACGUACACUAUCGAAGGUGAACUUAACAUCGAUAUAGGUAAGCAAGUUUUAGCUUUGUUUUUAAACUAGGAAUUAUUUUGAAUGAAUAGUAAAAAAGUUAUUGAAUUCGGCUUUCGUAUCAUAUGAAGGAUUAUGGAGAUCUAGGAGGGUGUUAUCCGCCUCGGAUAAGACCCUCCUCGAUCUCCAUAAUUCUUCAACAGAUAUAUACUCAUCCUCAUUCAUUAAUUGUUAAAUAAUCGAUCGCGAUGAGUAAUCGAACGCAUCAAUUACCCAUCGAUGACAUCAACAGAGUAAUUGAUAUCAUCGAUGAGUAAUAGAUAGGCCAAAAAAUUUUUGGCCCUCGAUUAUAAUUAGUCAUCGAUUACCCAUUGAUUAUAGUGAAUAAUCAAUGCCUAAUCAGUUGAUUACCCAAUGAUUACUUAUCGAUUACUCAUUAAUGCCAUUCAUCAUCGAUUAGUUACGUCUGUGUUCUUGAUGGGUUUCUUCCCCCGAAGUCGCAGAUCAAAUGAGAAUUCAGAAAUAUUAAAUGAUAGAUAAUAAAAGAAGAAUUCAACAUCACCGGUCUGACCGCGAAUGUAAAAGUUACGUCGGGGAAGUUCUCUUAUUACCGUCGUCGGUUUUGAUUGUUGAGCCCGUGCAACUUUAAUGAAGCCAUUUCUUUGUAACAAUAUCGUUCAAUUUUCCACUGAUCCGCCCUCUUCUGGACCUUCUCACCAGAGAGAGUAACAUUAUACUGACUAUCUACCACUCUUCAUAUUUUGAUUUACCUUUAUUGAAAUAUAAUUCAAGUUAACUUCAUCUAAGUUUUUUCCCUUUUGCAGAAAACGUGUUUGCUGACGUAUAAUGGCAACUAUGGAACGGCUGGUACUUACGCUGUAGCUCUAACCAUAGAGGACUUUCCAGCAGGAACUACAAACUUUGCCAGCAUUACUCCAUUCAGUGCUGUGGGACUGCAGUUUCUUGUCAUAAUAAGCAGCCAUUCCGGUUCUUGUAACAAUGUUCCUGUAUUUACUCCUUCAACUCCUAACGAUGGAGAAUGUACCGAAGUACAGACUGGUUCAUUAUACAGAGUUGUUAUUGAAGCCACACUUGCAGACUAUUCAAAAAGGUCACUAAAUUUUACUAUUUUAGUUUAUUUGGAUAAAUUAUUAUAACUGAAUUAAAGUAAUGGUCUGUGUUAAAAACGAAUGACAAUAACAGCUAGAGUUUUUUUUUUAAUAUCUCUUUGUGUCCAUAACUCAAACCCGUCAUGCCGGUGAAGCAAUUAAGGUUUUUGUACCCCUCUAGAUUGCAAAGAAUGCAUUACAAACUUGGCUUUUGUUAUCGAUUUUGUUAUUUUAUUAUAUUAGAUUCGCCAAUUCUUGACGGUGUCACCACAAUAGCAUAACGCCAAUUACUGCGCAAGGCCAGUAACAGUCCUUCUCCCUAUAAGAGAUAGACUACCACACCGGGACCACGUCCCCUACUCUUUACGAACAGUGUGUACAUGGAUUCAUUAACGUCUCACAGAAUUUGUGUAGGUAAGGGUUGGGACACGGGGCCUACGGUUUAUCGCCCUGAUCAAAGAAGACUAGAAAGUCUAACCGUUUGUGACAUGUGUUUACAAAGGCAACAUUUUCUCCUCCGUCAUUUAAAUAAAGACCCUGAGUGUUGGUCUAACCGGAGUUUGAACCAGCAGCCUCCCGCUCGGCAGAUCAACGCAUAUCUAACUGAGCUAACCGGGCGAAACUACCAACAUUCAGCCGAUAGUACUCUGACUGUCUGUGGGCCCGAAGAGCUCCUAAAUUGAUGCAGAUAUAUUUAAACUAAUUGAAAUAUAGAAAGAUUGUCGUUCAGGUUAUCACUAUCAAAAACUAAUCAACACAUGAAUUGAAGGAUAUAAAGUUCGAAUAACGUGUUGUUGUAAAUCUUUAACUCGUAUUUCAUUUUGAAAUUUCAGCGUUGUGGAGAUAGUGACGUCGUCUCCACCUGGAAUGCAAUUUACUUCUUUAAGGUUCCAUGGAGGAGUCUAUUACAGAAAUGUCACGUGGUAUCCUAACCAAUACCAAGUAGGACAGCAGUCGUUUUGCUUCAAAGCAGUUGACUCCUCGGGGUGAGAUGGCAAAGAAACAGUUACUUUACCGAUAAAGGGCGAAUAGUUAAUAGAAUACAUUUAGAAUAACAUUUGGUUUUUGCGCGCGAUUUCCCAGUAAAUUUAUCCAGUGUACGGUAUCAAUGCAGGAAAGUAUAAAGGCAUUUGUAAUGAGCUCCGAUCUUAGAACUGAUAUUUUGUCCUCGGAACAUAACAUAUGAUAUAUGAAUAUGAUUCUAAAUUUCAAGCCUUGGAUGAAAUUCGGAAAUCUCUAGAAAAUUCAAUAAGAAUUGGAAUCGAUCUCUUCUAAAUGAGCAUAUCGCUUUUAGCAUUACCGGUUAUUCACUUUAUGAUCUUCUCUGUGAAGAUCAUCUUAAUUUAAGGCUCAUACUCUGGCGUGCAACCUUUUGAUUAUAACAGUUAGCUUAAACAUUCACUUUGGUCUCCGGAAAAGUUUUUGCCUUGAUAUGAGUGUGCAUCACCACAUGAGCAGCAAUGCAAUAUCGACUACGUUUCUGACGUUUCGGUUUGGCCCAGUUUUUGUACUUUUCUGACUCAAUAAGGUGGUGGGGCAUAGUCCUGUAACAGGACUACUGUUGACAAUGGCUGACGUUUCGACGAUCAUGCUUCACCUACUUAUGAAAUGACUUCUGCCUUCAAACCUUUCACAAUGUUGCAAACGUUUCACAAUCAGGAUACAAUUUUUACAUUAAGGAAUAUUUAUUGUUUUUCCCCUUUUUCUCGUAGCAUGGGAACUGAAUGGCGCUGCGUAACCAUUCUCGUGGGAAUAAGUAAGUAACGUUUUAAUCGUCGGUCGUAAAAGUAAAUCAAACCUGAAAAACCAUGGUACAAAAGCGGGAGCAAUGCUAAGAGAUUGCUUAUCGUGAGGUUCUAUUUUAGGGGCAGUGUCCGCACUUGGUUCCCUGGAACCAUGCAGUGCCGGAGUAUUUACAACACAACAUGGUGUUUUGUUCACGCCUUGAGUACCCGAUAUGUAACUGUGUAGAUAGUCACUCCAUUUCGCCUUUUCAGACGGCAUUUUGAAACAUGAACUUAGCAGCGAGUACAAAACAAAACUGUGGACUGCCCCUGAACUAACAAAAACGUUGUGCUCAUAAGGACGGUGCCUACUUUUGUGCUCAAGGACAAGAUCUCGAUCUCGUACUCGGGCACCUGUACAGUGCCCUAAUUCUAGCGGGGUACUUGAAAAAAGGGCGUGUUUACAUUAAUUUUAGUGCCCAGCGAGUACCGUUGGCACUGUGCCAGGCACCAAGUGCGAACGCUGCUUCAGAUAACGCAAAUGUUAUCUAACGGUUGAUUAUAGAUGGCGAUGGUGAGGAACGUCUAGAACAGUUCUGUGUUUUACACAUAGCAUUAAUUUGCUGAGAUUUUUUAUUGCUAUUGCUGACGCACGAAUUUUGCCGUUGAGUUUAUUUCACUAUUAUUUUAAAAAGAGUUAAAUUAUUUUCGAAUUGUAGGUAGUACACCUCGAGUAGUUUGGGGAAGCCAGACUCCACAAAGUCCCUCCAGUAACAGCGGACCGGGUUAUGUAUGGUGGAGCAUACAGUUUGAUCGCGUGGUAAGUACAAUUGUCUAAAUUGUUGGUUGAAAUAAGCUUAGCGUAGUCCUCUUUUACUUUAUUUUACCGCGAGAAUCAGCGUCCUCUUUCAGUUUCAUAAACAACGAAUGUCUGCUAUAAAAACCUUUUUUCUCUCUCUCUUCUUUCUUUCUUUUUCCCUUUCCCUCGACCUCCUUUUAUAGGUGAUUCAGUUUUUUCAAUUCUUUCAUCUAGCACAAAAUAAACAUGUUUAAAUUGAGUCCUUAGUAAUUAUCAGAAUUGUUUACUACCCUAUGUACGAAAUCAACGUUAGGUCAUCUACAGGGGGGAGGGGGAGAGGGAAAGGUGACUCUAUUGUUUUCCGCCUUCGUUUCUUGAUCCACUUCGCCUUCCAGUGUGACGUCACAUAGUAAAGAGCAAGAGCUUCGGGUCGCUUGUGAAAAUCAGCAAGGGAUAUACCACGGUUAUUACCACGGGCGAGGUCGAGGAAAAGCUAAAAGGUUGUAAAUACCGCUUUAUCAGUGGCUAAUUUGAUCGCAAGUGUGUGAGCUUUGUUGUUGCUAUAAUCUGCUUAUAUAAACCGUUUUGAUAUUUUGUGUCCGUAAUUGUAUAAUUUUGUUAAGUUGUUUUGCGGGCCUUGUUGCGGGAUCGCCAUCUUUUUCACGGGAGCGGCAAGCUCGUCAAAAUUUAAAUCCUUUUUUUUCUCUAAAAUAAGCAAGUUCUAGUCUCCAGAAUAGGAGUUUCCAUUCACAGAUCACACAUGUUUUUAUUUCAUCUCCUUUUUGCUGAUUAAACCGGCCUUGUUUCAUAUCAAUUUUUUCGAGUAUGGGCCUCUGUUGAUUUCCAAAUUCGCCACCAAAUUUAAUAAAGCUAGUUUGAACCCGAAAUAAUGCGAAAUAGCUUUUUAUUACCUUAAAAUCUCCACUGGGUUUGACCGACAAUAAUUGAACGAGACCUUCCUGUUGAAUUUCGGGAUUUAAUUACAGAAUUACAGGUGCAUGCCCAGUACAGUAUUUUAAAAAAUGUGAUAAAGCAACAAGAUUCAAUGCUCACAGUCUCUCACAAAUACCUGCUUGCAUUUAGCUUCCUCAUUCAACGCUAGAGCUAAGCGAACUUUCAAAGGACUCAUAUGGGGUUCCACUCAGCUCUGAAGAGCUGAAAAUACGCACAAUGUAAAGUAUAAUACAACCUUUGAUGACAUAGGCGUACGGGCAAUUUUUUGCCAGGGGGGGCGGUAAACCAUUUGCCCAAAAAAUUCUUGCUAGUUGCCCAAAUGUUUACAAAACAGUCGAACAGAAACGAGGGCCAUACGAUGCAACAACAUAGGCCGUACUAGCAUAUGAAAGUGGCUCGAUCCCAGGGGCCCCACUCACAUUUUUUAAUGACGGGGGGGUCCGAAUAAUUUUUUGGGGUCUGACAUUUUGGCCAAAAGGGAUUUUUUUGGGUCUAUGAAAGACGCCGCGAUUUUUUUGGGUCGUGAAAACAACAGAGGGAUUUUUUGGGGUAUUGUACUUUUCAUCAGCUCAAAUCAAAAAUAACAUAAGCGCAAUUUAUAGUUUUGUUUUUGACCAAAACCAAAGUUGAAGUUGGCAUGUUUUAGUUUUCCAGAAGAUAAAUAAUAAAAUUUGCUGAUGCAAAAACACUGAGGGAUUUUUUUGGGUGACAAAUUCUGAAGUUGGGAGUUUUUUUGGGUAUAGAAUACGAACCUCUGUCGGACCCCCCCGUCAUUAAAAUAUGUGAGUGGGGCCCCUGGGGGCUCGAUACAGUUUUUCAGGGUCAAUACCUGUCAAGUUUUUUUUGAGCAUAGACUACGACACCAUAAACAAACAUUUGGAAAAAUUGCCACCACAGUUGUAUUGGAUAAAGAUGAAAAUUUGUUAUGAUCUGGGUUGCAAUAACAUCGGAGUUGUCAUAGCAACCAAAUGAUGCCAUUACCUAUUAUACUUGCAGCAACAUUUCUCACUGGAAACUGUUCUUCCAAAAUCGUUCACGGGAGAAUUUUCCUCCAAUAGUCGCCUUGAUGUUCGUGAAGUUAAAACGGAAUCUGUAAGAGCGUUGCGGAGAUAUUUUGGGAUAAAGUUUUUAUCGUUAGAAAUACGGUAAAAAAGGAAAAUCUUGAUGUUUGGCCGUUAUCUGUAGAAAACGAAGCGCUUUUGAAAUGCAAUUUCACCUCAUAGUAGUUUCAAUCUUUUUAAAAACGUGGGUAAAAGAUCAUGGGGAUAGCUCUGGCCAGAAAGGAAUUUGAGUAUUUAGUAUGUAUCAUGGCGCUCUUGUUAGCGGUUUUGUAAACAUUUUGGUCUAAUUUAACAAAUUAGUGAAUAAUUUUUAAACCACUCGAUAGAUUUUUGUAAAAAAAACUAUGAUUCUUCGCGUAAUUCAAACUGAGAAUUAGUCAGCCACUUCUUCACUUUCAGACCCAUUGCUGAUGCUAUCUGCCAUACACUGUUCUACGAGCGGAGAUGAUUCUAGAAAGUUGGGCGGAAGUUUAUUCUAAUCAAUUCACGACUGGAAAUAGCCCAUUGCAGUACAGUGCCCAACAAUAAAAAAACCAUCACAUAAUACCCUUCCCUUACAACCAGAAACUCAUUACGUGCUAGGCAACCACUGUCUCGUGUGAAUGUAACAGUACUGGAUUAUUACGCCAACUUCAGGUUAAAAUAGAAAAUAUUUAUCUCUUCAAAAUAAUGAUUUAAAAAACACGGAAACGUCUUUAAAAACUGGCUUUGCCCAAAUUUUCUCUCGCUGCCCAAAAAAUCUGAGUUGCCCAAAAUUUGGGGGGGCUGCAGCCCCCCUCGCCCCCCCGGCCCGUACGCCUAUGCUUUGAUGAACCUCCUAUUGCUGUGUCUAAAUUCCUUAAUCUUGCUAUGCACUGGCCCUCAAAAGUGUGAUCGGUCAGUAUUAUUGCCCGUAAAAUUUGCUUGACGAUAGGAAGGAAGCUUUAAAAUUCAUUACACGAGUCAGGACGUUUCAUUCCAAAAAAGUACCAAAGUCUGGUUUUCUAUGACAACAGGGAUCUUAAAAUCUCUAAAUCCAAGAAAUCGGAACAGUAUUUCCGUGAUAAGUACGAAAUUUUUAUUUGUCUCUUCGAUGAAUACUUUGCUCGCCACGUUGAAAGUCACUGACGCGAGACGUGACGUCAUUAUAUAUUGACAGGCGGACUGAACCACCGAUUUCCUUGGAGACCCUCCCCCCCCUCCCGGGUCAUCUAUAACUUGGCACGACGCGAAGCUUGAAAUCAAAUAUCCAUCAUAUUCACCAAGUGUAAAUCUGAAUAUUGGCCAAGUUUUAGGCCGUAUAUAUGAGCAAGUUUGAUCAGUGUGAUCUGUAAAGGGUUUAUAUAUGUAUAAAUAACGGCCCUUUCAGGAAAAAAUAAAACGAGCAAUUCCGAACGAGUGUCUAUCUCGCCUGCUCGAGGCCAAUUCGAAAACAGAUUCGCUUAUUAAUAAUCUUAAUCUCGCGGAGCCAUAACAAAGCCAUCUGUUAACGUAUGUUUUGUGAAAAAUACAGAUAAAGAAGCCUCGCACUUCUUCCUUCAUCCGGCUCGUUCUUCUUCCCAGUGGUCACACAGUUUAUAAAGUGGACACACUCUCUCAGUUUGCCAUAAUCAACAGUGAUCUUACCACCCUGUGGUUCGCAAUGCCUGAUGCUGCAUUAAGUAUGAACGGCUCGUACGCUAUUUUGAUGGAUCGUGGUGCAGUGGUUGGACAAGGUUGUUCGUAUGAUGGACCUCCGACACCAGGAAUAACUAACACAAGUGACUGGCAUUUCACCGCUGGUGUUUGUCCUGUCGGAUAUACCCUUGCUCCACCAGAUUUUUCCAACUGCGUUGGUAUGUAUAGUUAUCUUUUUCCUGAUUACAGUCAUUAUUGUUUAUUCAAAAUAUUUCUACGUUUCUUAUUGGCUCAAGUCCCCCGGCUAAUUCUCCUUUUGCAACAUUCGGUAAAAUGACGUCACAAGUACAGGCUUUCGCCAGAAAAAGGGAGGGCGGCCAAGAAGCCCUGGGGAAGACAAUGCGUACUAGCUCAGUUGUUUCUAGGAGAAAUCUGCGGAAAUUUCACACGUUUUACGAAAAACCAUAGCAAAAUUUCUAGCUAACAUAGCAAGAACAGCAAAUUAAUACAACUCAACGGAUCAGCCGACUGCUAUUUGAAGAAUGCCUGAUAGAUUAACCUUGCCUUAAUCAUGCUGAAUUUUCCGAGGAACAGACAUGCAUAAAAAUAAAGAUGGGAACUUAGUUAACAUCGAUCGAGGUAAACAUGUUUCGCGGAAUAAUGAAACGAUUAAUAUUAAGAUUUGUUUGAAAAAAAAAAAAAAAUGGACAGAUCCCUUUAGGGAGAGGUAUUCCUCUCUAUUCUUCUUCUGGUCCCAACCGAGGUUUAAGGGGCUGAUAACACGGCGCGGGAUGACUUGGUUUCGCGACUGACUUGGUUCGUCGAGAUCUCGAUCCGUGCAACUAAAAAUAACUUCAAGUUUAGAAUAUAUGAAAAUCAUACAUGUGACCCGCGGAGUGAAGAAUUAAAUGAAGGCGAUGAUCAUCCUUCAUUUAAUUCUUCACUCCGCGGUUCACAUAUAUGAUUUUCAUCCUUUAACGGGUUUUAUAACGAACCAAUUCAACGACCUGCUCCCAGUUGGCUUGUUAGCUUAAUUGGUAGAGCGCUGCACCUGUAUCUCAGAGUUCAAGGGUUCGAAUCCCGUACAAGCCUGAAUUUUUUCAGGCUUUCUUUUCGCAACUGCAAAAGUUGCGUAUAUAACUGCGAUGAUCAUCCUUCAUUUAAUAAAAAUAACUUCGUUAUCAGAGAUCCCUGCUAAUUAACGGAAUCCUGCUAACUAAGUAACGGAAGAGUGUAAGACCUUUUUUUUUCUUUUCAGACAUAAACGAGUGUGGGUCUCCUUCGAGAUCAAAACGCAGUUUUUAUUGGUGGGGUUAUACGACGCCCUCGUCAACACAGUGGCUUACUACCGGUGAGUUAAUCGGGCUUAAACACUGCUUACAAUAGCUGUAAGUAUUGCAAAAGAAAGUGUGAAAAACUGAGAUAUUCUCUUGUAUAAUGCAUCAUUACUGACUACAAGAUAGCUGUAAAAAGACAGGCACUGUUUCUUACAAUGUAAAUUGCUACCUUAAAAUCACAUAACUACAAGAAAGUCGCAUAAAUCUAGUAAAAAAGUUGUCACUGAAUUUGAUCAUUUCAAUAAACAGAACUAAGAAGAACUCGUAACUAAGAAGACAUUAUGUAGGCAGAUACAAGGAGUCAGUGGGUGAUUUAAUUUCAUUCUUUUUGCAGCGAUAUCUCUUUCGACAAGUUCUUCCUAUGUACCAUUUACGGCUUCUUUUCCUGGUAAGAAAAUGUGUCCAUAAUUAAAUAUGUGGAAUACCUGAUCAUGCAUUAUACUAGAAUGUAAAACAGUCCAUAAUUUUACGUAUUCAAGUACGCGCAUUCAAGCACGCGCAAUCAGUCAGAGAUAAAAACCGACUGUCGGUUUUGCAGACUAAGCUGGAUAUAUAUAUCAAUGGACUCUUGUUCUUGUCCGUGUUCUUCUUCUUCUUCUUAUCAAAGUAAUGUUAACCUCUCAACUAAAGGUUAGUGUUAGAAUGUAAAGGGUUUUGGUAAAAAUUGUUUCAAGAUAUCUUACUUUUUCUCCAGAUAAAGGGGAACUGAUGUGAUAUAAGAUAUUAAAAGUAAAACACUUUAACAAUUCAUUGCAGUAUUUCAUAACAACUGAUGCAACAUGAUUUUAGUUCAGUUAAGUCCUCUUUUUACAUAAAUUCUCCUAGUAGUAUCCUAAAGCCAUUACAUUAAGACUUUUCUGCCUUUUUUCCAUAGGAUCUUGUUCACGCCAUAUUUACAGCUAUUUAUACAGUUACGGCUAUCUUUAUAGUCCCGGCUAUCCUGGUUGUUAUGCAGACAAUCUGAUAUGUACAUGGUUGAUUGAAGCUCCUUCAGGUUACUACGUUCAUUUGUAUUUCUAUUACUUAAACCUGGAAUAUUGCGGAAGCAGCUGUUUUUGUGACUACUUGGAGAUACGUGAUGGCAGUACACUCUCAAGUCCAUUAAUAACGAAAACCUGUGGCUCUUUGGGAUAUUUUUACGUGUAUAGCAGUGGCAGAUUUCUCCUUCUACGGUUCCGUACGGAUGGAAGGGUUCAAGGGGCUGGCUUCGCGGGUUAUUACAGAACCUUGAGCUAUCGUAAGGGAUACAAUUACUCAUUUGAUUUUUUAAAUAUUCUUAUAGAGCGACUUUCGUAUGGGUUUGAAAUGAAAACGCGCGAACAAAACAAAAAAAAGCAAAAGAACGGAAAUAGAGAUAUAGAAAUAGUGGUUUAUCGAACGGAUACAAACGUGCGUGGGUUUUGGUUGGUUGAGGGCUGGUUCCCCCAAGCGACAUAACAAUCAUUGCAUAAUCAUAGUCAUAAAGGCGUUUAUGUCGGUUAAAACGCCAAAAAAACGAAAUCAUAUAUACGCUUAUGAUCGACAUAAUGAUAAUCAUAAGAAAAUGAUCGGUCAUUUUCUUAUGAUUAUUAUUACGUUUGUGAUUAUGCCUAUAUCGUAGUGGGAACGUAAAACCUAGCAUUCAUAGUCAUAAUCAUAAUAUGGGAUAUGCUCUUUCAUUGUAUUUUGGCCAUUGAGCGUCCUAGUUUAAGUAACUUACCGCUCAUUCUAUUCCUUGAUCCCCAAGGGAAGUUCUUGAUCAAGACGGAUGCUUUCCUGUUGCCUUCAAUAUAGGUCUCACCCAAAAGCGCCUUUGAUUUUCCCUGUUUUCUGUCAGGAGAUGUCGUCUUGAUUCAAGAAGCAAAAGGAUAAAUACACACUGUAUUAUGAUAAUACAAUGGCGAAAAAAACCUGAUUAAAUGUGGUCGAUGUGAUAAAGCCCAUCAUUACCGCAAUUUAGAUCCGUAGGUUUGUAUGGCAGCCACUUUUAAAGCAUCGCACUCAAAACGAUGAGCACACACUUAAAUUUCCAGGUCUUGCACCUGUGUGUUCCCACUAGAUCAUAACAACUUUAUGAUUAUGGUAUUAUUUUUAUGAUUAUGAUUAUGAUCAUUAUGUCGCUGAUGGGAACCAAGCCUAAGCGGACGCUUGGGUGAAAAAACUUCAUGCCCGAAAACUUUCCAAAAUUCAAUCGAUCCUUCGCUUUGACGGCAUACUGCAACACGAUAACUGAUUGACCAAUCGAGCAAUCCUUUUUCCAUAUUAGGGUUUUCUUUGGCGGGAAAACGAAGACUUCAUGUCUUCUUCAUGCUCUUUUCAUCCAUUGGCUGUAAAAACGAAUAACGAACACUUAUCCAAACAACUUUUCAAGGUCAUACGAAAAUCACUCUUCUGUUAUUAUGAUGUACGUAUAUGACAUGACAAAUGUAAAAUAUAAAUGGAAAGAACUUUCUAUUGUUGGAUUUCCUUCCUUGAGAAAGAUUCCCUGUUUGGCGGAAACUCGUUCAGUUCUUUAUCUUUUUUAGAGUGUUUGAGAAUGGAUGCAUAUAAUCUGGCCAUGGUGUUUUUUAAGCUUUUCUUUCUUUGAAGACAAUGAUGGAGAGCUGGUAGGGUUGAAACCAACCCAAAUUAAGUGUCAAACAUACAGAUGAAUAAAGGGUUUUAACGGUUUCUAAAGAAGUUGUGUUGUUACGUCGGUUAGGGGAGCGACUAAUGAAAUACACAGAUUUGGUUUUAUCCGACUGAGUUGGUGAGGGUAAUUUGCCGCCUUCGUCGAUCAUUCUAGUAGAAAACCAAAUCUUUAAACAAACACAUAAUUCGGUGUUCCGCUUAAAACAAAGUAUUUUACAAUUUGAGUAUUCAGUGUUACUGAAAAUGGGGCUCUCACAACAAGACUGUGCCCUAAGUAUCUGCGAUCCCUUGGAAUUUUUUGGCUCUUCGCUGCUUUUUAUCUUUUUUUUUUUUAUUUUCCAAGUGAAUCUUACAGCUAUAUUUGAGGACGCCUAAAAAAAAAUGCUGAUUAGGCUAACCUUACCUACACCUAUUUGUCAGAGUCUGAUCAUGUUAUUUAAUAUUUAUGCGACAGGGGGCAGUAAUUGGAUACCUUCGAAUCAGGUCUCAAGUACUAGUUUUGUAGCCUGUGUGCCAUCUCAGACUCUAGUAACACGGAUUUCAACCACACUGCGUAAGUAAAUUCCUAGUUAAUGAAUAAAUCGUUUUGUUUUUAUGUCACUAGCUCAGAUUGAAAUUUAAUAUGAAUGUGUUAGUAAUACUGAAAUCAACGCGCUGCACAUCUAUUACAAUGGCACAAACCCUUUUUGUUUUGAAGUUCGCUGAUUCAAGAUGCUUAAGCUCAUAAUGCAUGUACUUUCGCCUGCGUCGUAAGAGAGUAUUUGUUAUCAAAUACUUAAGUUCAACUGGACUUGGUAUCAAUGACAUUACGCAAUUGUUUUAUAUUUUUCUUCGGCAAAUUCUUAUUUUUCAGCAAUAAUUCCAACGACAAGUUCUUCAUACAUUCCAUCCACUAUUUCAUAUUCUGGUAAGUACUUAUUGCAUUGUCCUCGCCGGCAGUAUAAAUCCGAAAUCAUGACUUUCAUUCCGGAAAGAGUCCAUUCCAUCUCCAUAUAUUUCUUCGCGUAUGUUCACAUGAUACCCUGACGAAUUUUUUUUCCGGUACAUUUAGCCAUUCGGGAAUGGGUUCAUUCCGGUUUUCAUUCCAAAUGAAAUUCUCGUUCUUGUACGACAUUUCAUUCUGAAAACGAACUUCGUUCCGGAUUGAAAAUCCCAAAUCUUGUGGCCUGGGACGACUAGCGCGUGCAUACGUGGAAACCACGCUGGUUGGUGCGAUGACGAGAUAUGACGUGAUCGAGGUCAAGUCAUUUAUGCUCAAAAUGGGCUUUCAAAACGCACUGUUUUUAAACUGUUUGCAUAUAUUUAGCAAUAUCAAGAUGCAUGCAUGACAAAUAAAAGUGAAUGACUUCACAGAUGCCCGGCUGAUUACCGGCAUACCCCAUUGAGUUCUGCCAUAUCGUUUUGCAAAGCUUGUCACUUCCUACAUGCAGUUAAACUUCUCUACAACGGCCACCUUGGAGACAGAAGAAAGUGGCCAUUGUUGAGAGGUGGCCGUUUACAGAGGUUGAAACAAGAGUGAAUGUAAUGGCCUUUGUAGAGAGGUGGCUGUUAGAGGAGGUUCCACUGUAUUUUACGUUCUACUUUGGUUUUUUUAAAAUGUUAUAACACACAGCAAAACCCAAUGGAGAUUGCAACACUAUUACCAAUCCUCUUGUGCUGACCCAUAUGAUACGGGUACAAAAGUAUGGAAUUGCUUGUAUCAAUGUAAUGCAUCAGAGGGAUAACGCAUGGAUCCCUAAUUAUAAUUACUAUUAAUAAGUAUUAAUAUUUAACUGUCUAGUUUUAAUUUUAACGUUUCAAUCACCUUUCUUUCCGUAUAUCAUCACACUGGCUUCUUAAAGUCGCUCGAAAGCCAAAAUUUCCGGCUGUCUAGGCUGAAAGAACUGCUCAGCCGUUCCAAAUUGAAAUAGGCGUUCCUAAUUGAUUCCGGCAGAAGCCGAAAUUUUCAGGUAAUUAAUCCAAUUUAUUAGGUUCGGCUCAUGAAAAGUACGGCAUUUGAACCGUGCCUCGAAACUGCUGGUGCGCGGCUUUAUUUGAAUACCAUUUGAAUACCAUGCUGAAAAUCCGAAGCUCUAAGGAGAUAUAACUGUGUCACGUUUCGAGAUAAAUGCUCGGUAAACAACUGUCCCGAGGUGAGGGUUAAUUCGAGAACCAUAAAAUCAACUAAACAGGUUUUAUUUUGGCUUGGAAAACUCAAUUUCUGGACAAACAUAGGAACAACUUUUUUUAUCAUUUUUCGGUUUUUUGUAGCUAAUCCUAAAACAAAAUGUCUGAGAGCCAUUCUUGGCCAUGUGGCAUAGGCAAUCUGCUCCAUUAUCAGCAGCAGACUUUCUCUCUUUCGUCGUAAUUAAACCAUAUUUUAAUUUUGACUCUUCUUUACGUUCUUUACUCUUGUGUUAACAACACUUUACUUAUUGUUCUGCUGCCUGGGGUAACUGCUGCACCAUCUCCUGUUAUGUCCCAGUUCGUCUUCAUAAGCGUGCUGGGCGUGUCCUCUUUAAAGCCGACUUCUCUCAGGCGUCUACUUCCUCAUUCUUAAAACUACAGUGGACCUCCUUUAGUUGAUCUUAUUAAAUACAGGGAAGUUGUGCUCCCAAAUGCCUCAAAAAUAGAUUUCAACUCCUCUCCGUUUUACGUGGACCUCUGGGCCAAGAGCCUUCUUUAUGAACUUUUUAAAGGUGCUAUACCCACACAGCAACUCCUCAAAACGCACAUUGACCGGGCCUACAGUGCUAAUCUACACUUUUCAAUGAUCUCAAUUCUGACCUUAAAGGUUACUUUAGUGCUUCUUCUCUGCGGACAUCCAAAUCUCUUAUUUUUAUCCUCUCCUUGAUUAAGUGAAAAUUACCACUUCUCUAUAAUUGAACUUUUUCCGUAUGAUUUACAAAUUCAUGUUACUCGCUUUAAAAAAUAUCCAUUGUCCUUAUAUAUUUCUGUUAUUAUAAAUAAAGGAUAUUACAUAACCGCGCAGAGAUACGAAAUUUCUCUUCCGGUGUUGAGAAAUAUUUCACAAGUGAGCGCAGCGAACGAGUGAAAUACUUUUUCAACAGAAGAGAAAUUUCGUAUCUCCAGGCGGCAAUGUAAUGUUCUAUUUAUCAUGCAAACACCAAUGAAAUACCAAACCAUUUCACUUUUUUAAAUAGUUUUUUCCUGAGAAAGGCGCAAUUUAUUAUGUAGCCAUAGCAACAGUGAUAUUUCACUUGUGAAGAUAACAUGUUAUUUUCACAUGUCAAGAUAUCAUGUUUUCGAACGAAAGCUCACCUGAUUUUUCAUUGGUGCUUAUAUUUAACAAUUAAUGAAUAAGGCUAAGUAUCUUAUGAAGAAUUAUGGAGAUCGUGGAGGUUGUUAUCCGUCGAGGCGGAUAACACCCUCCGAGAUCUCCAUAAUUCUUCAUAUGAUACGAAAGCCGAAUUCAAUAAUUGUUUUAUUAUUCAUUCAAAAUAAUUCCUAGUUUAAAAACAUAGCUAAAACAUGCUUACCUCCACCGAUGUUAAGCUCAUCUUCGAUAGCGCACGUUCAGGGUUGUUAAGCUCCGCAAAUAUUCUCCAAAUAGCAGAUGUCGAACUUCGAGUUGUCUUUUUGCUGUUCUUGGCAUGUUUUAAACUAUUAUUUCGCCUGGUUCUUACUCUUGAAAUGAGUGAAAUGUCCGCCAUUUUUGUUUUCACAACAAAAACAACUCAACCUAGUCCCCAGGUCUUCUCGGUUAACGGUGCAUUAACCUGCAAGGAAGCUGCACUUUUGACGUCAUCGGUUGAUUAAUCGCAAAAUUCGAUCUUCCAAAUUUGGUCAUCAGUAGCUGGUUGUGGUGAAUUAUGCGCGUGCUUUUAGCCAAUAAGAAUCGUCGAAAUAUUUUGAAUAAAUAAUAAAAUAAAGUUACUCUAUUGUAUUAAUUGGUUUUGGUCAACAAUAAAAAAAUGGUCGCCAUAAGGACUUGCCCCUAGUGCCACCAUUGGGUGUAAAUAUUGGUCUUUUAAAGGCUUUGGAACAAAUAGCCGUUUUAUGUACGCGGAUAAAUGAAUUUUAUCUUCACGUAAAAUUCUUCAUUAUUCGACUGUUUACUGAUCCUUUCAGGGCCCUUUCCUCUAAAAAAAUAAAGUGCUGCCUUGAAAAAAAUUACAGGGUAGCAUUAGCAAGUCCAUUUUCAUUCAUUUACUCGAUGUCUAGUAAGGGGGCUACCCACUGCCCACUGCCCCAAAACGGAAAAUUAGAGUCCUGUCCUGUCAAAACUUUGCUGCUCCCAAAUGACCCGUGACUAAAACAAAUACCUGGUUCACAAGCCUGGACGGCUUACCCUGAUUUAACAAAAGAUUUUCCCCUCUCUAGCAAUUUGUGAGGUUUGGGAGGAGGACAACCUCGGAUCGUAAAAAUAGUCAAUUAGGGACGGAAUUAAGACGGGAAGAGAAUAAGAAAAAUGAGACUUGCUUCACAAGGAGGAGGGUCAGUUAAAUUUGAAGAAGGCUUUCCUCUAUUUGCUCAAGCCCUCCGCUCUCCUUUCUAGGUAAUGAUCGGUUUGCUCACCGGUCGGUACGAUUUUCAAGGGCCUCCAUGCUAAAACGCCCAGACAAACGAGCUGGCUUAGUCUCCUAGAUCUCGCCACACUCAGUUUCGUAUUAUUCGUUUUCACCUGUUUUGAGCUUCGGAUUGUUAGCAUGGGAUUCAAAUAUGACCGCAUACCAGCAGUUUCUAAAGCACAUUUACUGGAAUUUUAUGGAAUCCGGCAUCUCAGGGAUUAGAAUAAUGGCUCGAUUUGUGAGUCAGUGCCAGUAAUGUCAAUUAGGUAAGCCGUACUUUUGACAAAAUCUGCCUCAGAUAGAUCCGUUACGCCAGAGCUGAAAAUAUCGCAUUAGCUUGCAUAUGCGUUGAUACGAACGGCCAUAACUUUUAAAAUACUGAAAUCGUACAUGGGUUUUAAUACAAUUUUAACAACGGAUGAUCUAUCUUUUCGUCUGUUUGGUCUAGAGCUUUCAACUAGGUCCCAAACGUCAGAAAUAAGCUUUAAUCCUAGGUCAUUUUUAACCUUUCGCUCCAAGGCAAAUAGUUGGGGUCAUAUUUUGCUUGAUUUGGUCUUUGCAGCUACAUUUAGCAAAUGGCUAAUUACUUUCAGCACAAACUAGAAGUGUUUACCUAUAAAUUGAUACAAAAUUCAUCGGCACAAUUGUUGCAAAUCAAACAUUUGGCAGCGCCGCAGAAAAUGCCUAAUUUUCAGUUUUUAAUAGGUGGAAGUGGCCGUGGCGGGAGAAAAUACUCAGCGCCCCCCAGCGCGGACAGAAAUUAUUAGUUAUAGUCUCGAUAAAGCCUUUCACUUGCCAGAGUUUCGGGCAAAAUCAUUUUUCACGCGAAAUUGAGUGGGCUAAAAGUAAGAACCGAUUGGCUGUAUAGGUGUAUUGAAUGAGUACAAUUUGUCCUGCAAAACUGUGAAAAACCGCAUUCUGUCCGAGGUAUGUACUAAGCUAAUACUAUAAAAACACUGCCUCAUGCAUAGUACACUGUUUACCCCAGAUGUGAUGUAUAAAAUGUAUAAUGGCUGGCUCAUACGUCACAAGAGUUGUUGACAAGAUUUUUUCAAGUAAACUUAUCGAACAAAAAAUUGGGGUUAAUUUUUUAUUUUUGCCUCCCUUUUAGACAAAGGAAUACAACCUUUUAACGUCAAUGUGUAAACUGACUAAUCUACUGUCUGGCAUGUGAUCAAGAGCCAUUAUGGCUCUUGACUCAUCAAAGUUGAUUACUAUCGUUUGGGUCCACAUAUAAGGCUAUUAACUCAUUGUCAGAUUUGUUUCACUCUUGGAAAGUUAACAAAUUAUUUUUCUUUAAAAUCAUUUAGCCUUUCCCUCAAAAGUGUAUUAAUGGGAGCUUGGCUUUUAGCCCUGGCUAAAUUUAUAUGUUAGGUUAUAUAUCACUUUGUGAAAGGUGAAAUCAUGGCGAAACACACAUUGAAACCUCCCAUAUUUGUGCAGACGUCUACCGACCUUUUUUAUUCGACAUCUGUUUUUAUGUUCUUUCGGUGUUUGUUUGUUUUGCGAUUUAGAGAUUCUUGGCUUAAAUAAUUCUGUCAUUGUGGGAAAUAACUCAGAGUACUUGGCUAACCUAACCAACUGGAUAAAACCUAAAAGAAGUGAAAGUGAUUGGAAACUCUGCUGGAGAGCAUCACGUGAUGGCUGGAAUGGCAGUCGAUUCCAUUCCUUAUGUGACGAGAAAGGACCUACAGUUACUAUUGUAAAGGUUGGAAAGUAUAUCUUUGGGGGCUACACUAGUUUAUCAUGGGGUAAGUAUCACAGCUUACUUUAACCGAAUUUAACGCUUCGGUUGCUUGUUAUACAUAUGAUGAACAGGCAUAAUUUUAGGCGUACGUAACACUCCAUUCGCCACUUUCACAUUGCCCAUAAUACUUGUCUUAAAUUCCUCCUGGGUGUUACUGUCGUACCGCAAGAGAAAGCGAAAACAAUGCCUAUGCAUUUUUUUGUACAAGUAUAUCUUGGGCAAUGUGAAAAUGGUGAAUUUGAAAAAAUAACGUUUUCGUUUGUAAACGCGUGCAUUUUUGUAACUAGGCUAUGGCCUUGGUCCAAAUUAUAACGAUCAAAAACGGAAGUUUAUGAAAACAAAAGUACCGUAUUCGGAAACGCACUUGAAUGUGGAUUCCUUGGAAAACGCAGUUUCUCGCUUUAUUGUGAAAGGGCAAAAUCAAGAUUUUGGAAACGCGGAUGUCAUAGCUGCUAACUUUGCAUGACCUGGAUUUGUGCAUAACCAUCAAACAGGAAGACGGAAAAUUAAAAACAACAAGGAUAGUCUACCUGGAACGAAAAUUUAUCACCAGAUAUACUUUUUUGAUGGCUCGGUUAAUGGACGCUUAAAUUCGAUGUGUGAACCCGGAGCAUUCGCUUGGUUUAUACUAGAACUAAAAAGCCAGAGGUUUCGGGAAACGCAUUUAGUGAACAUGCUGGCCUUACAGAGACCGUUUGUUGAUUUUUUCUAUUCUUUAUUUAGGUUAUGGUUGCUUCUUUCAGUACGAUCCACAAGCCUUUUUGUUCUCGCUGGUAAACAAGCCAGGAUGGGCACCUGUAAAGUUAAAUCAGACAGCAUUUUAUGCCGGCUAUUACCAAAUGUAUUCCAUAUACACCUGUUACUCUAGUGGUCCAACGUUUGGAGGAGGCCAUGACUUGGGAAUCCAUCCUAGCUACAAUUUAUAUUAUACAAAUCUCGGCUACACGUACAGUCCGCCGAGCGGCUACAGCUAUGGAACCAGCUUUGCUCGAUCAUUUCUGGCGGGAUCGUAUUAUUUCAAUCCGGAUGAAGUAGAAACGUUUUACGACACAACCUUUACAUCACUAGGUAGGUUGGAGGAUAGCGUUACUAUAUAUUACAUGCAGUUUUCCAGGAAUUGAAAAAAGUAAGUAAUCUAUAAGCCAGUUUAAAAGUUGCAUGGAUUAAUCAAAAUACUUAAAGACGCUCCUAACAACAAAUUUUCAACGUUUUGCUUUCAUGUCAAAAACGUCUACUGAAAAAUGGGGUUACCGUUCUUGCUUGCAUGCGACGCGUAAAACCGAGGUCGUUAAAUACACCUUAGUAAGUGUUUCUGGUAUCUGUCAUGCUAUGCAUUAAACAUCGAUAUAUAAGGAGGGUAUAACGGACUGGCAAAAUUUGUUGGCUGUAACGAGGUUUCGUUAUAUCAAGGCUCUUUUUGUCUUUGUUUUGUUGUUUUUUUUUUCUAUCACUGGGGUAAACAAAUUCGUUCGUUAUACCGAGGACCUCGCUAUAUAGAGGUUCCUUAUAUCGAGGUUCCACUGUACCCACUUUUACUAAUUGCAGUCAGGGAGGAAAAGUACUAAAACAAAUUACUAUUGCUGACGUCACGGUUAAUUAAGGUAACAGGUUGCUACGGUUGGUCUAAAAAAGAUGUUAUAAAUUCGUUAGGAAAAUUCGCGCCAGGCUCAUGAUAUUUAUUGUAACGAUUUGAAUUUCAAAUCUUCUGGAAGGAAACAUAAGCGCGCCCUUAGUUGAGGAGACAAUAUAAACCUCAAGUGCUGACUACGCUAUUUAAAAAAUUUCCACAGCUGCAACAAGAACAAUCAGUCCAAGUUACACAGCUUCAUCUAUUGCGUCCCCAAGUUUAUCGCCAUCAGUGAGUGCCAGUCAAUCGGUUUCACCAAGCACUUCACCGUCAGUCAGUGCCAGCGUGCCACUCCUUUCAUCAGGUGAGUUUGAGGAGUCUAAGACACCUCGCUUUUUGUGGAAGCUCGUUUAAUUGAGCGAGCUACUAGAUGCCAUUUUUAUAAGCGUUGUUGGAAACGAAGAAGAGUAGUUCAGUGAAACGCUAAUUUUAUAAUUCAUUAUGAGCGGGUAACCAGUUGCUCAAUGAUGUUAUAAGCAAAUAAGCAAAAGUAUUCAAGUUUAAGGAAUGUUUCCCUCAGAAUUACAGGGUUAAGGGGUGGGGGGAGCGGUGGUGGGGGGCAGGAGGAGUGAGGAGGCUGGAUUCAACCAAAGGUUAUACUUAGAUAUUUUGAAAAGACUUUGAGACAAAACCUCUUAUUCUUAGUGGCUGUUCAUGUUAAUGCUAGACAUAUUUUAUGAUGAUGUAAAGUUCAUACAUUUGAGCCGUAGGAGAAAUAUUCAACAAGAUAACUUAAUUAUAAGCAAUAACGAAAAGAAAGCCUGCAAAAAACGGAGAUUUUUGGCAGAAUUUGGGUGUCCGUUGGUUGAUGCGAUGACGAGAUAUGACGUGAGGUCAAGCAAUUUAUGCGCAAACUAGGCUUUUAAAAACUUAAAAAACGCAUAGUUUUAAAACUGUUUGCAUAUUUUUAACAAUAUCAAGAUGCAUGCAUGACAACCAAAGUGAUUGACUUCACAGAUCCCCGGCUGAUUAUCGACAUACCUCAUUGAGUUCUGCCGCUGAUAUCGUUUUGUAAAGCUUGUCACUUGCUACAUGCAGUUGAACUUCUCUACAACGGCCACUUUGGAGACAGCUGAAGAAAGUGGCCAUUGUUGAGAGGUGGCCGUUUAGAGAGGUUGAAACAAGAGUGAAUGUAAUGGCCUUUGUAGAGAGGUGGCUGUUAGAGGAGGUUCCACUGUAUUUUACGUUCUACUUUGGUUUUUUUAAAAUGUUAUAACACACAGCAAAACCCAAUGGAGAUUGCAACACUAUUACCAAUCCUCUUGUGCUGACCCAUAUGAUACGAGUACAAAAGUAUGGAAUUGCUUGUACCCAUGUAAUGCAUCAGAGGGUUAACGCGUGGAUAUCCAUAAUUAUAACUACUCUUAAUAAGUUUUAAUAUUUCACUAGUUUUAAUUUUACCGCUUUGAACACCUUUCUUGCCAUACAUCAUUACAAUGACUUCUGAAAUCUUCAUUUAGUGCGCUGUGAUUAACCAGGUAUUUUAGAGGGAAACGAUCUACGAGAGUAUUAUAAACCAAUAACAACUUGAGUCCUUGCAGAAUAAAAGAUCACAAGCCGCAUAAAUUUUUGCCACUAAAAAGGCCCAACCUCAGGAAUGUCAAAUUAAUGUUGUAAAAUAAAUAUAAAAGAAAGUGGUCCGAAAUGAGGAAAAAUAGUCAUGAUUGAGAUGUACUAUUUAUAGUUUGUCUUGAUUCCUCAUGAUUGCUCUUCUGACUGGUGAAGUAAUAUUUAGCUAUUCGCCACCCACAAGUAUGAACAGACUUAUAUAAUCAUGUAAAAGGAACGCUGGUAGGGACAAAGAAACAGAGUUAAAUUUCGAUUCAAAACUCCCUACAAUACAAGAGCGAAACUAUCGUUUUCGUCUCCUUUUUGCGUUAAAUUACUUACGGUACCCCAAUAAUAGCAUAUUUUAUUCAAUUGCGAAACCAGAAUGUUCAAACCACACAUACCUGGAAGAUUAUAGAAGAGCCCAGGGAUUUUACAAUGGUCCUUCCGGUUAUUACCAAUGCGACAACAAUCUACCCUUCGGCUGGUAUCGUUUCCGUGGGCCAGCAGGAACACAGAUGGCUUCCACCUGUGUUGGUGUAAAUAGGUGUGGUUCACAUGGCUCGGGCUGGCUAAGUACACAGCAUCCUCUCGUAUCUGAUGGGAUUGUGAACGCCACGGCGUGUUUUCACUGGGGUGGUAGCUGCUGCCUUUGGUCAAUAAAAGUACGCGUCCGUAACUGUAGCGGGUUUUAUGUCUACGAACUUAGACCAACAUCUUCCUGCCAUUACCGCUAUUGUGGAGAUGGAGAAGGUAGGUUUUACCGAAAGGACGUGCGCUAUUCAGUAAUGCAGAUUUAGAGUAACGAAAAUCUCUUUAAACCAGUAGCAAAUUAAAAAAAAAAAAAACGGUUUCGCAUAGGUUAAUCAUGGUCAACUGCGAAAUGCUAUGCGGUUAUUCCCCUGUAAACGUGGUAAAAAAAUAGAGCGCACGAACCCACGUGAAAACCAUGUACCAAAUUGUUAAUUACGUUCGCAUCUGUCGUGUAUGUAAUGUCUGUUUGAACAUCAUCCAAAUUUUGCCUUAUCUCGUUUUUCAAAAAAGUCCGAAAAACUAGCAUUUUAGCUGAAAUGAGCUCAUUGUCAUACCCCCGAUGUCGUCAUAUCUCGUCGUCACAGCCACCGCGAGCUGUCACAAAAUUUCGCCGAAAGUACAGAAGAGCAGAAGGUCUGGCUCAAUGUGAUUUCCAAAAACCGCCGAGUAAAACUUUAAGGGUGGGUGGCAUUUACCCAGGGCCUUGCAACUUCUCAGCUUAGCAGUUUCCCUUGCCUGCAUCGCAUUCAAAUGGUUAAGAUGGUUUACUAGUGGAGGCUGAUGUUGUUUGUCACAAACAAUCUAACGUGCUCACAGGGCCUGCAGAACGCCUGAAACGGCACUCUAGGAAUAACAUUCGCAAUUUUUAUCCGUUUGAACUCAAAGUUUGCAGGGUGGUAGAACUUUUUAUUCGAAACAAUUGUAUGAUUUUUGUUGUUUGAUUUUAACGGUUUCUGGCGGGAAAAUGGGGUCACAAGAUUAGCAGCAAAAUUUCAAUUUCAAUUAAUGAUAACAAAAAGGCUAUCUUGAACUGAAGAGCAUGGCGAGAUAGAAUCAAAUGGGAAAUUUUUCUGAAAGCUCAUUUGGUUAAGAAAUUAUUGAGCUUUGAUUUUUGAAUUUCCCACCAUUUUGUUGCUAUUUUUAGAAAAAAAAGCGCCUUUCAGAAUGCUGUAUCUCUUAAAGCAAUUUAAGUUUUCAAAAAAUUUUUUCACAUCUGAUUCUAUACCGUUAUGCUCUUUCAAAAUUACGUAUUUGUUAAAUCAUUAGCUGAAAUUAAAAAUUUACGUGUCAAUCUUGUGACGUCAUUUUCCCGCCAAAAACCGUUAAAAUUGAAAAACAAAAAUCUACCAUUCUACAAACUUUGAGCUCAAAUGGAUGAAAACUGCAAACGUUACUCCUAGAGUGCCGUUUCAGGCGUUCUGCUAGCCCGGAGUGAACAGCUUUACUACUCCAAACAGUAAAACGCAUGCUCUAUUUAGGCAAUGUUUUUUAAGUUACAUUCUGAUUUAUAAACUAGAAGUAUUUUUCAAUUUUCACUUAACAUUUCUACAAUUAAAUGUGAUUAAAAUGUUCACUAUACAGUAAAAACUCAGGUUUUCUCCUACUUCCAGCUAUUUGGUCCGAGCUCCUGGCAACUCGAACUCCCGAUAACUAGAACUUUUUUCAAUUUCCCUUGAAGGUUCGGGUCAUCGGGAGUCGACUUUAUUUUGUCUACAUAAUUUGUCCUUCAUCAUAGCGAGACCCACGAAUUUCUGAUUGAAUUGCAAGUUGUUUUAGCGAAGAAAACCUAAACGAAACGUAGCAUAAAACAAGGGCUAAAGCAAAGGGGCCAAAACAAACAACGAACUCUCAUUUAAACGUCGCUGCCUUUUAAGUCUUCGCCAUUGUCAUUGGGGUUCUCUCUUCUUCUCGGUCUCUCCUCCCAUCGCGCCAUUUCUACAACGGUACCUCUUUUAGCAGAAUAAAUUGAAAUAAUCCUUUUGUCUUUCUUGAUCUAGCUGCCAGCUAUUCACUUUCAAGCUCCACUGGUGUUAGGGGUAAGUUCAGGUGGACAUGCUAAUACAGCGGUUAAAUAGCUUGAUUUUCGCAGUUAGUUAGUAGCCAAGCAACUGAAGGGACUCAAGGCCCCCCUUUAAUACUGACAGGGUUUAGCAACUCUCGCUUCCGCAGAGACCUCUUCGUGUAGUAGGGAGGCUGGGGAGAGUAUUACUAUUUUUAUUGGGAUACCCAGCGGGAGCCUCUGUACGUGGAAGAGAGAGCUAGAUUCAGCCACAUUCUUAUUUUUCAACUUUUGGGUGCAAUAUUAUCAUAGUACACUCAGUAAGUAUACCAUGUCAGUAUUUUUUACGUCUUACUAUGGACUUCUUUUACAAAAACUCUUCUCAGGAAAUUUAGCUUUCGGAGAAGAGUGUUACUCAGUCAGUCAGACACUCCUACAAUCAAUCAGACAGUCAUAGUUAAGGAAAAUAUAGAAGAAAGGGACAUCAGUUUGCACCUAAUUCCCGGAGUCCAACGCUCCACGUUCUACUCUUCUAUUGCUCGCUACUUACAGUAAUACGCUUACUAAGUCCUUUCUCGAAAAGGACUUAGCUUCAUGCCCUACAACAGUCAUUUCAUGUUCCUACUCUGUUGCGUAACAUCCUUGACUAUAAUCAUAAUGAUUAUAUUUGUAAAUGUUUCUUUUUUUAACAUCUAAAGAGAAAUUUUGCCAGUGCGAAGAAGAGAAGAAACGCAAAUGAAGCAAGAAAAUAAAUUAUUUCAUUUCACGACAUCCGAGGUUCCCCUAACAGCCUCCACCCCCGCUCUAUUCUCUGCGGUUUCCGAGGAUCGGGAACCUCUUCCAGAAUUAAAGACGAACUGUUGUUAAAUUGUUUCGUUUAACAGCUAGCCAAAUUACACCCUCUUCAUCGUCUGGAUAUUAUGUACCAUCUAGUUCGUAUGCACUACCUGCUCCUGUGGACUUCCAGUUUCAUGUGCCUUCAGACUGUGACCAAAUCUGUGCCAACACGCCAGGAAGCUACAGGUGUUCAUGUGUCAGUGGAUAUCAAUUGUCCUCCGAUGGCAAAUCAUGCGUAGGUAAGUUAGCAUGGUAAAAUGUGUGAUAAAUCUGCCUUAAAAUCAAUUUGUUUCUCAAAAUACAAAUGUGACAACUAAAGCGUCGCGCCUGCGUCGGGCAUAUUCUAUAUGAGAGACGAAAACAAUGCUACAGCGUAUACUGCAAUGACCGCAGAGGCAAUUCGCAACGAACAGAGUGCUCCAAGAUUCGAGUGCUGAGUUAGAAUACUUGACUUGUGUCACGUGUUGAACAAGUAUUAACUAUUAUUCAUUCAUUCAAAAUCUUUCGCCGUUUCUAAUUGGGUCCAAUCCCCCAGCUAAUUCUUCAAAAACAACUACAGGCGCUUACCAUAUUUGCAUGAUGCCAGUAUUAUACAAUAGAUUCAAUGGUAUAAAUCAUGAUCUUGCAGUUGUACGUGAAGGAACUUUUCUGUAAUGGCCCUCUUGAUCUACGACAUUUCCUAAGGUGUAGUUGAAUUAGUUAAGACUCGAAACUAACCGUCUCUUUCUGCAUCGAAUCAAUUAUGAAUUCUUAGUUUAAUUCGUCAUCUUUCCGUGAAUGUCUAUGUGUCAGAGAAGUAGACUGCUUUUUAGGGUAAAAAUCCGUUAAAAAUGGGUAAUUAUACCAUUUUUUAGAUGUUCGAAAAUCCUAGGAGAGGCAGGGAAGCAAGACAUUUUGCAACAAAUGUUCCGAAAAUUCUAGAUCUCAAAUCGUCUUCCGAACAGAUAUUUUCCGAAAAUUGACGUUAUUCAGCUCGCGGUCCGGAGCACAGGUAAUAGACACCUCUAGAAUUAGGGUUUUCAUGGGAAACUGCAAACCGCGAACUUCAGUUUGCAGUUGCAGUUACGUUACACUUCACGUUGCCGGGGUUUCAAAUUUAAGCAAGGGCGUCAUUGUUUAGUGCCGCCAUGUUGUUUUUCGUCAAAUUCAAAGUGCAUCAAUUUUAUCGCCCAAAAAAGAGGGAUAAUUCAUAAAUUCGAGUUCAAAAAUCCAACAAGCGCAUCGCAGACGGAUAAAGAAAGCUGCUUCGUGCCUUUAAACGUGAGGCUGUACAAUUUUUAGCGGCAAAAACCCUUGCCGAAGUCACUUAAAGCAGGAUGCCCUUCCUGCCGUUUAAACGUGAACUGCAAACUGCAAACGCGACCGCAAGGGCGUGGUCACGUGACAUUCUCAGGUUUCCCUUUUGCGGUUUUCCAUGAAAAAAAAACAUGAUACUAGAAGUCUCCAAUAUUUAGGUCAAGAAUAGACGACCUAAAAUUUGCCUCCCACUGCCAAAACAAUUAAGGUAGUAUUUGCUGCAUUAAUAUUAUCUGCGCCUAUUUUUGUUACGUAUGAGUGGAAUUCAUGAUUUGCUUGUUGUUUGCCACUGGCCACUUGAAUCAAAAGCAUUCUGGUUGUUGUUGAGGUUAUGACCUAAAUAGAAGUAUUUUUUAUAGAUAUGGACGAAUGUUUGACCAACAAUGGUGGCUGUAGCCACCAUUGCUACAAUAUUCCUGGAUCAUUUUAUUGUGGAUGCCCGGAAGGUACAACAAUGGCCAGCAAUAAUUUGACUUGUAUUGGUAAGUAUGGUUGGCUUUCAUAACUUGCAAAAUUAAUUCUGAUCGAAGCCAAGAGUAAAGUGGAAAUUAGCGUAUUUUGAUAAGAUAAUUUCUGUAAUAAAAACUGAUUUUUGAUGUUUCGCUUAUUUCAGAACCCGGCGUUUCAGUUGCAUGUGACGAGAACAACAUGACCGUUUCGCUGGAGAAGCAAACGUUUCCAUUUUUCAACGUCAGCAGUUUACAUCUACGUUAUUCUUCAUGCAGGUAGUCUAUCAUUUUAGUACUGAAUAGAAUAACUCAACACUGAAUUAACUGCCGCCCGGUUAGCUCAGCUGGGAGAGCGCCGGUCUGCCUAGCGGGAAGUCUCGGGUCUGUUUGACAAACAGCCAGGGUCUUUUAAAACAAAUGGUGAGAUCGUGCCUGGCUGUGGAUAAAGAUAUUGCCUCUCUUCAGAUGCUCUCAUCAUUGGUCGGUGACGUUAAGGCGGCGUUGGCCUUGUCCUCCUUCUUUCAUUGUCGGGUCAAAUCGAAGGAGACGUAGUCCUACUGUUCGAAAGAGUAGACCGGUGGUGUAGUCUACCUAGUCAUAUCAUGGGCUAUGGGUGCCGUGGGUUACAGUAAGCUCAUAAAUGGACUAAUAUUGGCUGACGUCCGAGCUUACUGUUAACAUGUUAAUAUAAAACGUUCAAAAACUCACCAACAAUUCAUAAAAAAAAGGCAAAUGAAAUUGAUGUGUAAUGAGUGUCUUUAUAUCUGAUACGGCUAAACUCCAAUAAAGUCCAAUAUUUUAGACCAAAAUGACCCAAAUCUAAACUAGUGCAAGAAUGAGUUGAUCUAUAUCAGAGAUUUUGAAGCCGUUCAAAAAACUCGAGUCGUUUAACAUUAAAUAUUAACUAGGAAGUAAUAUUUAAAAAAAAACUCGCACUCGUGUAUUAUCAGGUUUAAAAACUCGAGAUGAACCUGGGAGUUUUUAAACCUGAUAAUACACGUUUGUCCUCUCAUCCACGACAUGUCAUUCAUUCAUUUUUACUUGCUGCCAUCUUCUAGCCUCCCACGCAGGCCUCUUUAGGGGAGCUUGUAUUUCGUCCCUCCCCACAAGCAUUAUAUCGAACGUUUUUAAAACUAAAUAGGAGCUUAGAAAAGCCAUUUCCUACGUUUUCGCGAGACAUUUUCAGUAAUCAAAUACGAAGGAGAAUACAAUAAUCAGUUGUUAAAUUUACGUAUACAUCUCUAGUGUUAUCGGUAAUAAUUUGUCUUUACUUGUUGUCCAUAGAGCUACCGAGAAUUUCACACACUUUUUAAUCAGUACUCCUUUAAAUUCCUGCGGAACACUGGUGAAUGAAACGGAGGAUGCAUUAAUCUUUUGGAAUGAAAUCCGAGCAGAUGCAGUGAUUAUUGACAAUGUUAUCACCCGGACACACGAUAUAAAAUUUAAAUUUUACUGCAGCUACUCCAGAAGGAAGAUGUUAAGCAUUCAAUUCCAGCCCCGACAUAUCUUCAUUGGAUCAGAGGGUACUUGAAUUAUGCUUUCUUCAUUUUCUUUUUCUCAAAAAGAAAACAUUGACAUUGGAAAUUUUAGACUUAACUUUUUUCCUCGAUUUGGCACUAGCGUGCCCAAUGCCCACUAUCGUUAUAGGGUCUGUGUGAGUUAGACGUUUUGCUUUAGAAUACAUCACGAGUCGGUCGACAGUCUUUCAGUCUGCUUAAUCUCCUUAAAAAAGGUAACGUAAAUCUAAUCUGGCACUGAAAUGUCAUAGGUCUCGCUAAGACUACCCUAAAGUUAUUAGACUUACCUGAGACAAAACCUUCGUCUUUCCCAUCACAUAGUUGAAAAUAUUCGACCGCGCCUUUAAACAACAAGAGAACAGGUCUACAUUGAGCUACAUUGAUCAUGCUCGGGAAAACUGUACUAAAUGUCCGAAGGAUGUUUGACAGAGUUCAUUCUACAGUAGAACUCCGGUAAGGGAACUCUGAAGGCAAACAAAAAACAGUUCGAGUUAGCGAGGGUUCGAGUCAUCGGAGUCGAUUGCAAAAUUAAAUUUUCAUUGUUAAAAAUUGAUAGUUACUGAUUUUUCAGCACUGUAGUGUAUAAUGCCACUGCAGUGCAAGUUUAAUAGCUUAUUUUAUCAGAAACGGUAACAUUAUUUAGGCAUUUUUUACUAAAAAACCUCAGCUGAAACGUGAUCUGUUCGUUACACCACUAAAAUAAAAUUGCUGUAAGCGUUAACCAGUGUAUGUUAGAUUAUUAAUAAGUGUUUUCACUGAUUACACAACAAGAAGAGCUAAUAGAAUGUUAUCCGAGUAGAGUUACAAGAACCAGGAAACGAGUUAUCGGGUAUUUUUCAGUGACUUAUUGAUCAAGGGAAAGGAAAUUGAGUUUAAGUUAGCAGGGAAUUCUAAUUAUUCGAGUUCAAGUUAACCGAGUAAAAACGACUGAAAAGUGGGGUGAAAUCCAAGGGACUUUCGAGUUAUCCGUGAUUUCGAGUUAUCGGGGUUCCACUACUGUAUUUCCAAACCAAAAAGAAGGCUUUUUAAGCAAUAGACCACACUUACUAUGGGUUUACCGGCGUGAUAAACCACUUGAGAUUUUGGGAGAACAGUAUCCAAAAGCUUGUAAAUCACGAGGCGAAAAAUUGCUUUUAUAAAAUAACUUUAAGUUUUCUAUGAGUUUGCUGGCACAAUAAACCAUAGGUUUUAACCAAUCAGAACGAGCGUACUAUCUCACUUAUUUUAUAAAUUAAUGAUAUUUUGCUUCCUUCUUAGCUGGAUAUGGGAAUUUCACUUUCAAAAUGGACUUUUACAAGACUGCAGCAUUUGCCACUCCCUAUACGGAGAACGACUACCCGAUAUUGGUCGCGUUAAAUGAGUAUCUUUACGUGAAGUACAGUGUGGAGUCCAGCGCUAGCAAUCAGCUAGUGAUAAUGGCCGAAAACUGCAAGGCCACAAGAUAUGGAAGUUUCUACUCCUGGCCUUAUUAUAACAUUAUACAGAAUGGGUGAGUGCAACAUAUGUCUAGGAUUUAGGUUUCAAGAAUUCCCUCAUUUUCCACGGGGGAAGUUGAGCGAGCGAAAUACCUGAGUGCUUGUGAAAUUGCCACGCGCGGGAGAAAUGCGAGACACGUUGCACCUGCCUUGCGGUUGGUGAUUUUCACGCGCUCUCGCAUACUUCGCUCGCGCUUAUCAUCACUAAGGAAGUACCUGUGGUCUAUUUCCGUAUCGUCUUAAUUCGUGUUGAUCCUUACGCAUGAUGUACGUCGUUUUUCCGGGUAUUUGAUCCUCAAUGAUUGCGGGCCGCAUUUUCUUGAACAGCGACUGGAAAUCGAGCCUCCUUAAUCCUUUACAGGGCUCAGAAGUUUGAUAUCAUCAUAGAAGCGACGACCGGAAAUACGUCUGCGCUUCGCAGGCUACAUUCGCAACUGCUAUAGUAACAAAAAUUGUGCUUCAGCGCUGAACUAGACUAGCCUUUGCGACGGAGUUAAUCUUCAUCGUUGUUUAUACUCUUGAUGUCAGAUGGGGGGAUAAGUUUGAGCGGAUGAACCCCCAGAAAAAUCCAUAGCAUUAAAACUACUGAUACGUUAAUUUAUUUUUUAUUUACAUUUUACACUAGUUGCGAGCAAGAUACAACUAUGGAGUACACGUAUAAUCCAUUAGCGAGCUCCCAGAAGCUUAAAAUUAGAUCGUUCAGGUUCUUUAACGACUAUGACGUUGUUUACUUUCACUGCGAGUUGUUGGCUUGUUACAAAGGCAAUUCUAAUUCCAGGUAAGUCUAUUGUAAACCCUCCAUGUUACACCGAAGAAGAGGCAGUUCUUCUAAACUGCAGAAAACCGAAUAAAACUCUACCGUAAUUCCAUUCUUGUUUUUUAUUGCAAUGUUCUGGCUGUAUUUAGCAUCUUAAAGGUCAUAAGCUUGGUAAACAGGCAACUGUAAUGACAAGACCCUUAUUACCAAGAAGUUAUAAAAAUAGAACGAACGAACAUAUCUUGAAAAGACAGGGGGCGCUUACCAUUUACAAAAACCACCCAAGUGGAAAUCUUGUGUAUAAACAUAAAACUAUAAAACUUGACGUGGCGGGAGAACUACCCGCUACAAAGUAAAUCAAAAUCAACUGAACUGACUUAAAAGAGUAGAAAAAUUGCAUCGCCUCAAAUCACAGCCCAUAUUUUCUGAAGGUUUCCAAACGGACUGGCGCGAAUUGACCAUUUCAUUUUCCAACCAGAAUUUUCGGUUUUCCCAUAUAAAUGGUAAGUACCCAGGAUCUCCACUCUCUAAAGGACGGAUAGUUUGCCGUAGCAAAAUUUUGAGGGACAAAUUAGAUGUAUUUGGAAGAUGUACAAGUGGCGAGUAUGCGUAGAUAUGACUGAAGCUGAAAAAAAAAUCGAUGAUUUUUAAACCGAAGGUUUUGUUUAUAGAUGCAGCAGGGGUUGUUUGAGCAGCAAAAGAAGAAAGAGACGAGGUGCAGUUGACGACGAAAUAGAACACGAGGAAAGUACUAGCAAACAUAUUCUCUCCAGCGGCCCAAUAAUGAUCAAGGAGACUGAGACGGAGACGGAAGAACGUGAUGAAGGAGGUAUGACGUAUGGACAACUAAAUAUGUUGACAGUAGUUUUAAGUGAAGGGAGAGAGGGUUGCCCACAAAUUCCAAAUUCCAAGUUUCCCACUUGCCCACUUUAUAGUUAAAGGUGGAAACGAGGCUGGAGGUGACAGUCAGGAGUGCCUUUUUUGUAUCAAACAAGUUGAGGUCAACCUCACGUUCACUCAAAGGCUAGGAUGCUAAGCGCAAAACCUGUAAAUUGGCAGGAGCCCAUAACCCAGAGCGAGUUAAAAGAUAUUCUAAAUUCGCACUAAAAUGGUUCUAAAAAUAAACUUAUCGGUAAAAACGCCAUGACACCAGGACAUGGAAGUUGCUCGUUCUAGUUUAUGGAUUUCUGUUGGCCAAGUGCCAAGUGGAGGUAGGCCGUGGUUGCUUGUUACGUUUCUCUUUUAUGAACAGAAACUAUAGGCCGGGAGGAUUAAUAAAAGCUAAGCUAGUAUACAGAGAAAAUAAACGGUCAUUAUUCCUGGAAUAUAUCUUUAGAAGAAGCAUUUGAGAUUUGCCGGAGCUAGUUCUCAGAAGAACACAAAACUUAACCAUAAUUGACCUGGAGAAAAAUAAGAUCGAACAAAUUUUUAUUGGAAACUCCGUGACUACGGGAUUUGCUACGUUAACACUUAUUUACAUCAUCAAUAUGGAAUUUUUGUCGCUGAGGCGCAGACGUCCCUCUUGUCGAAACGACCUUAGCGGCGGGGAGCGAGGAGAGGCGGGUGUUUUCGCUAUGUGUCUGUUUUAUCGCAGAAAAUUUGGGAUCAGUAUAAGUUUCUGGGAAUCUGCCCACCUACACCUCCCCUAAACCAACAUUUUACCUUAAGUGAGAAUUAAGUGCUAAUGUUUGUGAAGGGGAGGGGUAGGUGGGUAUGUGCAUAGCUGCUGGCCACCUGAUUAAAAACGCUUUAUAGUUUUUCUCCUUCUCUUUCAUAUUGGUUUUAGACUUAACCUAGCUUAACCUAGGAUUAAAUUUAACCCGGGUUUCUUUUUCUUUUGUUGCGCAUUUUCUCGGACAAUUUUCUCUGUUAUGUUUAAGAGCAUCCAAUCUAGACUUGCGGACAAAAAGAAUUAAACUGAAUUGACUUUUUAAGCCUUCAUAUCUGAAUUCAAAUUUGGCACCGGGGUUAUCUUAACCAGCUUUGAACAACCCGGCCAUGAUUAAAAACGCUCUAUAGUUUUUCCUUCUCUUUCAUAUUGGUUUUAGACUUAUCUACUAAUCGAAGUUUAUUUUUUCCUUUGUGGUAGAUACUGGAAAAAGCAAACAAACUGCUUUGAUUGGUGGUGCAGCAGCCGCGGGAGGACUGUCCCUAAUUGUUAUCAUAGCCUUGGCUGUUUUAGCCGUUAAGUACCGCAUUGCACGAAGAUUCAUGAACAGGAACAAGGUCGGAGACUUGUACACUACCCAAGAUGAACAGAUGAGUCGAAGAAAUGCCUACAUCCAAGAGGACGACAUGAUCGAAAGGGAAGACUCCUUCUAA